GUUCCCCUCCUGCAGGGUUUAGGAUUCGUUGCUGUGGACGGUAAGACGGGGAAGUGAGCGGCCAUUGAGGGCGACCAGGGUACCCCCCCCCCCCCCCCCCCCCCCCCAUCUGCUCGGUGUGCGGACUAAGCUUCGAUGGAGGAUCACAUGACGGGGCGCAACAAGGAGAAGUGUUAUAAGUGCGAUAUGUGUGGCAAGGCCUGGCAGUGCCUGAGCGAACUGGAGGCCCACCGGCGGGUGCACACGGGAGAACGCCCCUUUGACUGCUCGGAGUGCGGCAAGAGCUUCAUGACGGCUCCGGUCCUGAAGGUCCACCGCCAGUUGCACACGGGCGAGAAGCCCUAUGUCUGCUCCACAUGCGGCAAGAGCUUUGCCUGGUUGUCGGGGUUGCGGGCUCACCGGCCGGUGCACAGCAGUGAGCGGCCCUUCACCUGUUCCGACUGCGGCAAAUGCUUCAAGUCGUCCAUCAACUUGAAGCAUCACAGGCACCUGCACACUGGGGAGCGGCCCUACACCUGCAGCAACUGCGGCAAGGGCUUCGCCAGCUCCAGGAAGCUGGAGGAGCACCAACGCACCCACACCGGCGAGCGCCCCUUCACCUGUGCCCAGUGCGGCAAGGGCUUCACCAGCUCCGGUAACCUGCAGUCCCACCAGCGGGUGCACUCCGACAAGAGGCCCUUUGUCUGCUCCGACUGCGGCAAGGACUUCAAGUGGGGGAACGAGCUGAAGAUCCACCAGGAGUUGCACACGGGGGAGGCGCCCUAUGACUGCUCCACCUGUGGCAAGAGCUUUGCCCGGUUGUUGAAGCUGCGGCGGCAUCAGCAGGUGCACAGCGGUGAGCGGCCCUUCACCUGCCCCGACUGCGGCAAAGGCUUCAAGACGUCUAUGACCCUAAAGCAGCACCGGCGUUUGCACAGCAGUGAGCGGCCCUACACCUGCAGCGACUGUGGCGAGGGCUUCAUCGACUCCAGCAAGCUGGUGGUGCACCAGUGUACCCACACCGGCGAACACCCCUUCACCUGCACCCAGUGCGGCAAGGGCUUCACCCAGUCCAGCAGCCUGCUGGUGCACCAGCGCACCCACACCGGCGAGCGCCCCUUCACCUGCACCCAGUGCGACAAAUGCUUUGCCUCCUCCAGCAGCCUACUGAGGCACCAGCGCACCCACACCGGCGAGCGCCCCUACAUCUGCAACCAGUGCGGCAAGUGCUUCGCCCGCUCCAACAGCCUGCUGUACCACCAGCGCACUCACUGA